AAAUAAUGUAAAGUGAGAGAAUAAAAUAAAAGAAGAAAGUAAAGCAUUACGAAUUCCUGUAUGAUGCAAAGAUUGGUUCAGGUGCUUAUGCAAAUGUUUAUAUGGCAAGAGACACUUAUAAUGACCAGAGUAAUAUUUUCAAGAAAAUUAUUAAUAGCAGUGGCUAUAAAGAUUAUAAGUAAUAAUCUGAUUAAAAGUGAUUACACUUCUUAGUAGAUAGCUUAAGAAGUGGAGAUAAUGAAAUCACUUAAUCAUUAGAAUAUAGUGAAGUUAUUGGAUGUAUUUCAUAGCACAAACAAUAUUUAUAUAGUAACAGAAUACUGUAAUGGGGGAGACUUAAAGGCAUAUUUAGUACCCCGUCAAUUAUCAGAGGAGAGAGCAAUAGAAAUAUUUAAACAAAUUUUAAAUGGAUUAUAGGAAUUACUUAGAAAUGGUAUAGUCCAUAGAGAUUUAAAGCCAGCUAAUAUUCUAUUGUAGGAUGGAGUAUUUAAAAUAACUGAUUUUGGAUUUGCAAAGAGAGUUUAAGUUGAUUCUACAAUGUCUUCUUUAGUUGGAACUCCACUAUAUAUGGCUCCUUAGAUUUUAAGAAGAUUACCAUACACUAGUAAAUCUGAUGUAUGGUCUUUGGGUCUUAUAUUAUAUGAAAUGAUUUACAAAACAACACCAUGGCAUUCUUCUAAUGUUGUUGAAUUACUUAAUCGUUUAGAUAAUGAAUCCUUGAAGUUUCCGCUAUUACCAUAAAUUGAUUAAAAAACAAAGACAAUAAUAAUAGGAUGUUUAGGAAAAGAAGAAAAAGAUAGAUGGGGAUGGGAUCAACUAUUUUAAACCAUUUUAACAAAUCAAUAAUAAAAAAUAGAUUUUAAAAAUACACCAAUUUGUCUUAAAAAAACAUAAAUAUUAAAAUAGGUAUCUCAAUCUAAUUUAAUUGAACAUUGUAAGACAACUAGUACUUAGGCAUCUCCUAUUAGAUCAAUUAGCACUAAAAAAUUAAAAACAGCAACAAGUGAAAGUAAUGUAAUGACAGAAUUAAUUAAAAAGAAAUAGUUACUUUAUAAGAUAUUCGAUUUGAUGGAAAGAUAAUUGUAGAAAUUAGAAAACUUAAAUUUAGAUUAAUGCAAAUAAUAUUUGUAGGAAUAGAGAUCCAGAUUAGUAUGUGCUAAUAUUGAAUCAAUUUAUAAUAAGGAUGAUGAAAGAGAAUUAAUAUAAUAGUAAAAGAUAUUAUAAUAAUAUUCAAUUAAUUUUGGUGUAUAAAUUAUGAUUUUACUAUUUAAAACUUAUCGUAAAAUCAUGAUUAAAAAUUGUGAAACCAAAUAAUUAGUUUUUGAUAAUGCCGAUAAACAAACAAUUGAUAAUUGUUCUGUAUUAAUAUAAAAUUAAUUCAAUGUCAAGUGA